AUGUUCUGUCUACGAAGCUGGCUCCCGCUCCUAUUUAUACCAACAAACGCCUCGCCGGCCUUCAUAUUCAUCUUCUUCCUGUGCACAUAUUUCCUACACCGUCCAUGCGUCUACUGCAGCGUUCUUCUACUCAUCCUCUUCUUCACCUCGUGUAACUGGGCAGACCGCUGCUUCUUCGACCUCUCGUCAAACUGGUUCCUCCCGCGAUCAAGUCCUAGCACCGAGGCCCUCGAAAGUUCGCUGUAUAAUAGCACGUUGAUCGAAAUGUUCAAUACUACAAUGAAGGCAGCCACCGGUGCCGCAACGGAUCGCAUUGGCGCUACUGCUUCGGAAUGGACCGGCUUGGGCCUCGAAUGGCUACGUUCUGCUCUUGGAAAGAGGGAAUGGCGAAUCGAAUGCAUGGAUGUCUACAUAAAAUUGUAA